AUGCCCGUUUUUUGGAUUGCAUUGCUCCAUCUCAUGGCUGCUGUGAUGGGCCAUGGAGGUGACGGUGGUGACGAGCCACCACAUCCGUUUGGUGGAGCUUCUGGUGAUCACCAGAACAAUGGGGAUGUGGAGGCAGCAAGGGCUCGAGCCCCUAUGGGUAUGGAUCAACGGAGUUGGAAUGCUGCUAUUGACCAUUUCUUAACAGGAAAAACAUCAAAAACGAUCCACUGGAAACAAAGAACGCCGAAAGAAGCAAUUGCUGAGGUUGCUCUACAGACUCAUCACAUAACCGACUCUGGUGGUGAUCCAGACACUAUUGAUUGGAUCGCAAUAUUUGAGAAGGUGUUGGGUACACGAAGGGGGCAUGUGAGAGGCAUUGGGCCUAAAGCUUCUUCAACUGCGGGUACAAGUGCUCAAUCUCAAUGGCAGUCACAGUCACAAGCACCGCAACCAACACAGAAUGUUGAUGUGAAUGCUUUUCUUCAAAACUCGGCAUCUGUUUCGGCCAUUAGAGACAUUUUCCGCUCCUUUAAAAACCAAGUCAACAACAACGAGGAAACAAUGAUGGAGAAGAGUGAAGAAAAGUUUAUCAUCAAGAUUCAGACGGUGGAGGAGGAUAGAUCGAGGUCUCGUUUACUCUAA